AUGGCUGCAACCACGUCUGAGCCCCCUUAUCCACCACCCGGUGAUGUUGAGGGUGCACCAAGUGCUGUCAUCGAGACAAUAUCUCCCGACUCAGAGCCUGAGUCAGAGUUAGAGUUGCAUGCUGACUAUGGUACAUACAUUUCUAUGAAGAAUCUGGAGGAUCCCCACCUGGUACAAGUCACUGCCAUCUCCAGCACCCCCCUUCUCAACCUCACAUCCCAAGCGCCUAAGGAGCCUGACACUAUCUAUUCUGCUACACCCUAUCCUUCACAAUUCCCAUAUUCAGCUCAGUCACCUGAACUGUGUGGCAAAAUUCAUGUCAGGAACACAAUCUACACGAUCACAAGGAUCCUAUUUGCGAGUCGCGGCCUUGUUAGUUGUGGAACUGUCUGCUACUUGGUCUCUUUGGAUGAUAAGGAAUUCAUCAUCAAAGACCAUUGGGUUCAGGGUAAGGAGGAUCAGGUGAUGUUGAAUGAGAUCAAAAUGUUGAAGCGUAUAUCUGGCGUCCCUGGUGUUCCUGAGUUGGUGGAUUGGUGGGUGAUUGAAAGGUCAAAUGGAGAAUCCAAUGUGACCAGUGUAGAAACAACAAUACCGAGAGGAACAAAUGAUGCUCCUGACUGUAUCUAA